CACUAGCCAAGGACGAGCCUGAGAUAUUCAGGCUCCAAACUCGCCUAUUUCGAGUGCACGGUAGCUGCGCAGCCGCAUUUGUCUAUUAGACAGCCACUCGCUGCCAUCCAGACCAAGAACGUCGCCGCCGGCCCUCCAUAAGACAUGCCUCUACCAGCCUCCCUAGCGGGUCACGCCGCGGGCGCGAAGGAGCUGCUCGCCGCGGUCACUAAGGACCCGAGCCUGCUCGAAGACCCAAGCCUCGCCUUCCUGAAGGAGUUCUGCGCGAAUUAUCCUCCCGAGGCGCCCGAGGCCGAGACGGACGACGACGCUGGUGGCGAAUUCAUGAAGCGCGAGAAGACGCCGUUCCCCGCGGUGCCGGCGAACGCGGCCGAGGCGCCGGACGACGCCGACUGGUCGAUCGCGUCGACGAAGAAGAGCGCUGCAAGCGCUGCAGCGCCGGCGGAGGCCCUCGACCUCUACACCGAAGCCUUACAAGCGGAGGCCGCGACCGCGUGUUUGUCCGCGACGACGCUCGCGAAGCGCGCCGAAGUCCUCUUGAAGCUCGAGCGGCCGGCGGCGGCCAUCAAUGAUUGUGAUGCGGCUCUGAAGCUCAACCCCGACUCGUGCCGCGCGCUGAAGACGCGAGGAAAAGUCCGCGCGGCCCUCGGCGAGUUCGUCGAGGCGAAUUUAGAUCUGAGCAAGGCCCAAUCGAUAGACUUCGACCCGGACCUCGCUUCUUUAUGCGCCGAGGUCAAGGCCAAGGCCGCGGAGACGAGCGCCAAGCAAAGGGAAAAGGAGCGCGCGGCGGAUCUGGAGAAGAAGAAGAAGGCCGCGGCCGAGCGCCACCGCCGCGCGCAGGAGGCGCAGGCGCGGAGCGCGCCGCCGCCGCCGAGUGGUGGGAUGCCAGGGAUGGGAGGUGGAAUGCCGGCGGGCGUGCCGCCGGGCAUGGCCGGCAUGGCGCAGGGCAUGAUGAACGACCCCGACGUCAUGGCGGCCAUGUCGAACCCGAAGGUCAUGGCCGCCUUCCAGGAGAUGAUGGCCGGCGGCGCGCCGAACCCCGCGAAGAUGAUGCAGUACAUGCAGGAUCCCGACGUCGGGCCCGUGCUCCAGAAGAUGAUGGGCAAGUUCGGCGGCGGCAUGGGCGGCAUGCCUGGUAUGCCGGGCGGCAUGGGCGGGAUGGGUGGCAUGGGUGGCAUGGGUGGGGGCGGCGGCUUCGACGCGGGCGCGCCCGACAUCGAGGAGGUAGGAGAGGAUCUUCCGGACCUCGAGGAGGUCGACGAGGUCGACUAG